CUCAACAAAAAAGAAGGCAAAGAUCAUGGCGCUCACAUCUCAGCCGGAUGCAUGUGCACCAAAAGACUUUCACAGUGAUUUAAUGAGCUGCUGUGAUGACAUGAGCGUAUGUACUUACGGCUAUUUCUGUCUCCCUUGUUUGGGCUAUUCCAUUGCCAACGACAUGAAUGAGUGCUUCUGCUGUGGUUUAUGUUGGCCAAUCCGAAGUGUAUACAGAACUAAGUACAACAUACAAGGAUCUAUGCUUAAUGACUGUUGUGUCAGUUGCUUCUGCCUGUCUUGUGCAGCCUGCCAAUUGAAGAGAGACAUUAACAUUAAGAAGCAUACUGGAGAAUUCUGAACAAACGUUGUCUUACAAGGAACAAAAGCCCUGAACAUACUUGUUCUUUGUUUAUUAAAAGCAACAGGGAAAAACGCUAUCUUGCAGUCAAUCUACAGUAAGUCGUAUUAUAAAUGAAAAU